GACAGCGAGAACGCAUUUCGUUUGUUUACCCCAAGUGAGCUAACCUGUUCUUUCUACGGACCUUGCCUACGAAUAGCGUCAUCUAACAAGUGAUACUGAUAGGAGUUGUACUAUUACGCUGUGUUUUGUGCAGUGAAUUUGUGAACACGUUAUCUAGUGGUAAACAUAUAAAAUGUUUGAUGUAUUCCAAAAUGUUUUGUUUGGUAAGAAGAAAUCCAAUGCAGAAUCUGAAAAGGAAAGAUCAGAUACAGAUGAUUUUGUACUGAUAAGUCAAUCAUCUAAUGAGCAAGUUUCAGUGAAAGAAUCCGAGUCUACUCUUCAUGAGCCACAGUUUCCUAAAAAUCCAUAUCAAGGAAUUUCUCUUGGUGAAGAUGCCCUAAGUUUAACACAACGUGCAGAGACAAAUAUUCAGAUCAUGCCUCUUCAAGGUGUUCCAUUUGUAAUUAAUGCCAAUUUAUAUGCUUCUGCAAAAUUAGAUCAAAUAUGGCAGAGUAUUGCUCCAAGUAUAGCUAAUAUUGGACAUUCAAGUCCCUAUAAGGAAGAUUAUGAUUUCUCGUUAGAAAAGUCUGUUAUUUCUGAAACAGCCCAUAAGUAAUAUACUACUAAACAGCUAAAAAACACAAGCUGCAAUAAAAUAUAAAUUCUAUCUCUCAUUUGGUUUUGUUUUCUUGUUUUUAUUAUCAAAAGAAGUAAAACUAAAUGAACGAAUUGACGAAUAACUAAUGAAGUCGUUAGAUUGUUUGUUAUAUGCAUCUCCCUAAGCAGUCUGAAUUAGCUACUGAUAGAUAAUUUUUCUGAGUUCUUGGUGCAAUUUGAAAUAAUCACAUUUUAGCAGUUAGAUCAGUUGAGGAUUGAUUUUUUUAAAAUUAUUGAUUAGUUAUUUUAUUAUCGGAUAUAUUUUUAUAGGUUCUGCUUAUAGUAAUUUGCUUUUGCUUUCAAAUAUAAAAAUGUAUGAAACAAGCUUUUAAGGCGAAUUUUCAUAAAUUUUAUUAUAUUAUACAGCAAUUAAGGAAUUGAACUCUUUAGUGAUUCUGACUUACUCAUUUUUUUUUUUUUUUUUUUUAGUAUUCUAGUUUUAAAGAUUAUUAUUACAAAAAUGAGCAACAUUUCCUCCCUCAUGUGUGAAAUUUUUUUAAUAAUUUUUAUCAUGUAUUAAUAUUUCUCUUAUGUAAAUUUCAGAAUGAACACAAACAAGUUUUUAAGGUACUUAUGCAUUAUCCAAUCGACCGGCCGAGUUGUGUGAUACGGCAGCAAUUAUGGAUAAUUCUUGUCAUUUAGAAUUCUGUAAUAACAAUUGCUGACCAUUGUCAAAAUUUCCACCAACGCCCGAUGGGAUUUUACAUAAGUAUCGUUUUUACUAACAUAGAUGAACUUCACAACUAUAUCUUAAUUAUAUUAUCUGAUCUCUAGUUUACAUUUCAGUAUUUCAAAAGUUAAUAAGUUUUACCUCAUCUGUCCAACCAGUUUAUAUUUAUGUAUACAUUUUAAUUUAGUAGGUAUUCAGUGUGCUGUUUGUCACCAUUAGUGAUUUUGUGAAAUUAUAUAGAACUGAAUAGAGCUGUAUGAAGGCUUUAAUUUAAUUAUUAUAUAGAGUUUUAUAAUUUGUUUGUUUGGGAAAUCUUGUAUGCAUUCAAUUUAUAUUUCACAUUUUUGUUAUUUAAUAUGUAUACAAUGAAAAAUGUUUUUAGGACAAGGCAGUGGUGACCCAGAAAUGAGGGCGGAGAAUGUACAUUUAAGUUUUAAAUAUAGUACACAUUUAUAAAUAACAAAUCAAUCAUUAUUAUUAGAUUAAUUCUAGAUUUUAAUUGUAAUUUCUAGAUUUUUUUCAUUUCUUUAUGCUAAAAAAUACAGUAGACUCGGAAUAAACUGGCAUUCGUCUAAAAAAAAGGUUAAGUUUAUUUAUUAUGGAAUAAUGGGAAAAUCAUUAUCACAAACCAUCAGAAUAAAACAAAAUUAGUAUGGAAAAUUCAAGGAGUAAUGUCGCAGAUGAUAUCACAACAUUUAUGGAUUUGUUUUUGUUUGGUUUAUUUGAUUAUGGCAAAACACAUGAGAGCUAUCUGCCUAAAGAUAGGAAUGAAUGCCUUCAUGGAUGUCUUCAAUGGAAACUGCCUCAUAUCAAUGUUACACAUGAGAAACCAUGAAAAUGCCCAUGCAACCUCUUCACUUGCAAUUGAAUCCAAGUAAAAUGACCAAUGUUUAGUGACACUGUUGCUCGACCAUUAUUGGCUACAACAUUUAUGGAUUGUUUUUAUUCACAACAUUAUGUAAUUUAAUUGUUCAUAUUCUGUAAUAUAUUUCAUAUCAUCGAUUAAAAAUAAAUAAUGUGUACUGCCAUUUAUCUUUUGUUUUCCAACAACUUCUGUUGCAAUAAAAGAGUAGUAUAACGAAAACAUUCUUUCUUCUGUUUUGAAUACUGAUUUAAUGUACAUAACCAAAUGAACUUACUCUGUAAAUAAAACUGCUUGAAAAUGAUACAAAAUUUUAAUAGUAUUUUUCUGUUGAUAAUGUGGAUUAUUCCAUGUUUUUAACUGCUGCAGGCUUUAUCCUGAUUUGAGGUUACUGAAGACCUCAUGCUGGUAUAACCCCAGUUAAUUAAGAGUUUACUGUAAUUGAAAUUCUUGGUUAUUUACUGAAUUUCCAUGCAAGAGCAUUGAUGAAAAUAUGGCUUAGUCUUACAGGUCUUUUGAAAAGAUAUUUAUGUACAGUAACAGCAAAACUUUAUAUAUUUUUAUAUAUAUAUGACCUAAUCUAACUGUUAUGUUAUUAUGUGUGUAGUGGAUCAGCUAAAAAUUGGGUUUGUAAUAUAACUAGAAAUUAAAAUAUUUAUUUUCUUUUAUUGAAUAUGGAGCAUUAACAAGCUAACUGUAAAUAAAUAUGAAUGAAGAGAAAGGGAACUAAAAUUAAAAAAAAAAAAAAAAAAAAAAAA